UUCAUCCCGUCUGGUCUGGUCGCGCGGAUUACCGGAGAAGGUGCACGAUAUUUAUACCGUGCCCAGUAAAGCAGUCGAGUCGAGGCGCGGAUUGCUCACCACUAGGUAGGACUGUAGAAAUUCUCUCGUCGUCGUUUCCCUGCAAUCCAGGAUCCGGAAAAAGAAAGGUUCAGAUAAACUAGACAGACAGGACUAGGACUGUGUCGUGAACAGUUCCCAUCGGUUUGCCGUCGCGAGUGUCCGCGGUUCAGGGUCGAGAAUCUGUUCUCUGUGCAAGUUUGCUUUCGAGUCGUCCCUGCGGUUGCGGGGGAUUGAUCCCAGUGUGCCUGGAGUUUCCCCACCCGUUGCGAGGCGCGUUGUUUAUUACCAAUCUGUCAAAGUGUAGUAAUGACUGGUUUUUGGACUAUUUCCGGCGUAGCAAAACGAGCAAAACAAAACCGAUUCAUUAAGGUCAACCGUGAGUGAAAGGAAAAUCGUUUUUCGACAAACAAGUGCUAAAAUAAGCGUGAAAUGGAUUUACCCCCGAGAGCCAACCACAUCCCGCGAGUCGAUGCUGCUGCCGCUACCGCCGCAUGUCGGCGGAAAUUCGAUAGUGUAUUGUUAAAGUGUGUAUUUAUUUCUAUUUAAAGUUUUGGUCCGCCAGGAAGAGCGGUGGUGGGCAGGCAGCUCUCAGCUCAGCUGAGCUGAGCGGGCACUAAAGGCUAAGGUCGGAAGAAUAAGGGCAAAAAUAAAACUGCCAGCAGUUUAGGUUUAGGUUGGUUGUGCAACGUGUGCAUCGAGUAGAGGAAUUAUAAUACCUAGAAAUAUAUAUUCCAACAAGGGGGAGAGAGCUGAUAAAAUUGCCAUAAAAAGUUGCGGUGAUUCCGCGGGAGCGCGUUCGGUUGGUUGGGCAAAACGAUGCCGCCUUACGCGGAACGGUGCGGCGGAGAAAAGUCUUCCGCAAAGUGCAUAUCCUGUUUGUGAGCUCUUCGGGGCAUCGGCUGCCGAAAGUGAUAUACCCUUUACCCGAAGUAUUGUUGAAGUUUAUUCGGUGCGUAGAGCGGCAGCGGUAGUGAGAGGAAUUAUCUGAAAACUGAAACGUGAAACGGAGCUAUUCCCGGAACUUGAGCCAGCGGGCGUACGCCGCAAAAGGGUAAGCCGCGCACCGAUGGGAUCAACUCUGGCAUGACAGACGACCGAUUCAACACAAACGGUGGUGAAAGCUCGGAGUGAGCUGUGAGCGAAAAGAAAAACUCGCCUCCUGGGGUAGCCGUGUGGCAGAAAGUAGCAAACCCACCACCCAGUGAGCUGAAAUCAAACGCAGAAAAACAGGAAGCAGGCGUUUUAAAUCCUGUUCCGCCCGUCGUCGUCGACGACGACGUCCGGAACCGGCACAGUUCUUCCCUUGGGAGUCGUGCGAAAAACAGAUGCGUUCCCGUCCGCACAAAGUUUGAAUCAAGUGAACUGUAAAACAUGUGAGCGCGUUUGUUGUGUUCCUCCGGCACGUGAAAGUGUGGAAAUCGGAAGAAAAGUGUUAAGAGUCAGCCAGCCGUUCUCGCGUACGGUCGAACGUACGUACGUACGUUCACACGCCGGAAGUGCAUCCAGAAUUAGAAACGAUCAGGCAUUAAAUGAGAAACGGUGAAAAUACCAGGAUCACAACAGAUUAAAGUGUUUACUUCAAACUCAUGACAAAAGUGCCGAUAGAACCGAGAAAACGUGUUCGAAAAUCUUUAAGAAGAGUGAAUCAAAACGCGGUUAGUGUCGCAAUAAGCCCUAAGUAAAACGUGAUUCGUGACCAACGGGGCGAGCAAAAAAGAAUCGUAAUAGUAGAAAGCAGACGCCGAAGACCACUGUGUAUACGCUCAGGGGCCGCUUGAAUGGCUGCCGCAGAACGACGACUCGUGCAUCAGUGUCGACGGUGGUGGCGGCGGCGGUGGUGGUUGUGCAAUCCGGUUGACGUGCAGUGUUGCGUGGAGAAGGAGCAGGAGGAGGAGAAGAAGAAGAACCUGCCAGCUGCUGCCCAGCUGCCGAGACCACAAAAUGGCUAGAUUGUGCUGUUCGCUGUGCGGAUUUAUUAUCGUGCAAGUGCAAGCAAUCGCUACCUGUAAUAGCUGUAUCACAAGAACCAGAAUCAGAAGAAGAAAACGAGGAACAAUUGUGCCGGGAGUGAAAGUCAGUUCUUUGCUGCUGCUGCUACCGCUGUUGCCACCAACAAGUGGACAGAUCCAGUUAACUGUUGUCGAGCGGGAGCUGUCGUCGUCGGAGUACCGGUUGGAUGAAGAUGAUCUUCAGCCACUAAGAAGUCGGGAAGCAUCUUCUAGCAGUACUCGAACCGUGCGGUUGCGAUUACCACCGUCGUCGUCGGUGUUACGUCACCCGCAGCCAAAGUCUACUGUCCAAAGUCAUCGCCGGCCCCAUCUACGCCGUCCGUAGAGUCGCAACAGUCGAAGUUAGAGAGGAGGGCAGCAAGACAACCAAACGUGUAGCAUACAUAUACGCUCUAGUAGUAGUAGUAGUUGUUUGUAGUAAUCGUAGCAAGCAAGCAACCAAGCAAGCAGUCAGUAGUCUCUGUUAACGUACUGUGUACAAAUCUAGGAGUACACGAAGAAGCGAGCGAGCGAGCGAACGAGCGGGACGAAGAGAAUGAACGCGUCCGAGUGUGCCAGCCUGUUCGCGUCGGUCGAGUGGACCGAACCGAGAAAGAUCCUCCUGCUGGCCAUUCUGAUCUUUAUCGACGUGCUGGUCAUCGUCGGCAACACGCUCGUCGUGGCCGCCGUCACCAGUUCGCCGAAGCUUAGGACUGUUACCAAUUUUUUCAUCGUUAGUCUAGCCGUUGCCGAUUUGCUAGUCGGAUUAGCUGUAUUGCCGUUUUCGGCCACCUGGGAGGUGUUCAAGGUGUGGAUCUUCGGUGACGUGUGGUGCCGCGUGUGGCUUGCCGUCGACGUCUGGAUGUGCACGGCAUCGAUACUGAACCUGUGCGCGAUCAGUCUCGAUCGCUACGUGGCCGUCACGCGUCCCGUGACCUACCCGAGCAUCAUGUCCACCAGGCGAGCCAAGUCGCUCAUCGCCGGGCUGUGGGUGUUGUCCUUUGUGAUCUGCUUUCCGCCGCUGGUCGGGUGGAAGGAGCAGAAAGUGAAAGAGAACCUAUAUUAUCAGUAUGGAAAUUACACGCUGGUGUCAGUGACACCGUCGUCAGCGUCCUACUCACCAUCACCGUCACUGUUAUCAUUACAAUCACAAUCAGCAUCAUCAUCAUCAUCAACAACACUAUCAUCAUCGACGUCGCCGUUAUCGUCAUCGGCUUCGUUAGCUUCGACAGCAGCUGCCGAAGCGGAAAUUCUACUCGCAUCACUGGGAACUGCGGCAGAUGGCCGCAGCGAUGGGGGUGGUGGCGAUGACGUUCCGACGACGACGACAAAUCCACCCUGUCCGUGGACCUGCGAGCUAACGAACGACGCCGGGUACGUCGUCUAUUCCGCUCUCGGUUCCUUCUACAUCCCGAUGUUCGUGAUGCUGUUCUUCUACUGGCGCAUUUAUCGGGCGGCCGAACGGACAACCCGAGCCAUCAAUCAGGGAUUUCGGACUACCAAAGGUGGCAAAAAGAACAACAACUUCGACGACAGCCUGACACUUCGGAUGCACCGAGGCAAGGGCGUCGGAGCACUGAUGGCUUCAACCAUGCGAACGCACAAUAUGCUCCUCGAAGGAACGUCAUCGUCGUCUUCGUCAAGACCAACUACUGGUAGCACAGCAGCAGCGGUUUCUUCUACUACCGUUACCACUACUACUACUCCGGGAACCGGUCCCGCCGCCAAUCCACAAAUCUCGAUCUCCUGCCCCAGUGGGAACACAUCCCAUCUGACAAGUCCCACCGCUUCCAUCAACUCAUCGCUGCAAAUUGCCCUACAACAACAACACCAGCAGCACCAGCAACAACAACAACAACCACAACACAACGGCGGCAACUCGCGCCAAUCCAGCGGUAGGGACUCGCGCCGCAAAUCCGUCUUCAAGGAAGCACCGGCUGGCAUCUCGCGAGAUCUGUCACCCAACUCGUCGAAAAAGCUGGGCAAAAAACACCUCAAAGUUCAGGUCAAACGCUUCCGCAUGGAAACGAAAGCCGCCAAAACGCUUGCCAUCAUAGUAGGCGGCUUCAUCCUGUGCUGGCUGCCUUUCUUCACCAUGUACCUCAUCCGGCCCUUCUGCAAUGACUGCAUCAACGAGCUGCUCUUUUCCAUCCUCUUCUGGCUCGGGUACUGCAAUUCAGCCGUGAACCCGCUAAUCUACGCACUGUUCUCGCGCGAUUUCCGGCAAGCCUUCAAACGCAUCAUUAUGCGCUGCUUUUGCUGGAAACGCUUCAAGGUGAACCUGUUGCGAAAGUCCUCGACGACCGCGCACAAUACCAACAACCACAGUUACAGCCCGUCGGCCUUUACACCGCUGGCGUCGACACCGCGAACCGAGCUGGACAGUUCCGUGUUUAGAUGACCUUCGUUCAGUUCGUUGGAAGCUUCGACGCAGCAGCCGCCACUGUUCAGUGCCGCCAGGAGACCGCUGCAGUACCUGCAGCGAUCGAUUUCGGUUCGAACUCCUCAACGUACAUCGACGGGCGGGUUUAGGGGUGGUCGUGGUGGUGCCGUGGACAAUAUCUGCCACCCGAUUGUGAUGGAUCAUCAGAGUUUCGGAGUGGCGAGACUGAAUCGGUCGGUGACGGCGACGUCCGCUCAGAAAGAGGUCGGUAUUGUUGAGGAAGAGAUGGUGAGGAGUGGCGGGAUGGUAAUAGGCACCGACGAUCGGGGUGGGAAGUCGAUUACGAGCUUGUAAGGAGUUAGGGGACUUCCGGUAGGUAUUUGUAGCAGCAGUAGAAUCGCAGUAGGUGAUUUCAGGGGAAGGCGAGUGAUUCGGGUGGAUGGCGGAGGUCGAUGAUGACGGUGGUUUGUGUGAUUCUAGAUCUGAACGAUGUCACAUAACUUUUUAAGAGGGAAUUGGAGAAAAUGGACGUUUACUUCCUCUUGCGUAAGCAGGUAGUCCGCUAUGUACUUAAAACCUUUAAAUAUUUCACGGAGCACAUUGCAAACGUUUCUAAAUAUGCUAAGCUAUCUCGUUGAAGUUCAGAUCUUAAGGUUUGAAGGUUCAACGCAAUUCUAUACGGGUUCUUGACUAGCUGUACGAAUCCAGCUAGCAUCGUGGAGCUUCGUCGCAUCGUGCGGGGUAUAACGAUAUAUGAACAAAACAUAGUUCCAUGUUUAUUAUACCGUUCUCCAAAUCAUUAUGGAGUUUUAAAGCUUUCACUAAGUUACUCAGUUGGAAAGAAGUAUCAAAAUUGGGACCUUUUUACAGGAGGCUACGAGAAGUUCGUUUCUUGUUUCAAAAUAUUCGAAAAAUCAAUUACAGGUAAAAAGAUUCUAUAUGCUAUAAUGCUCGUUUUGCCCCAAUUCCCCGUUGUUUUGUUUGAACCUAUCUUCAAGAGUGGCUAUACAACUUGAAGGAAAACUGAAUUCGGCUGAUUAGAAUUGGUUCUUUCCUACGAAAACCGAGUCGAAGAAAUAGACUUCGGAACGUUCGUUUGACUCCACGGAUCGUUUGAACCACCCGUUUUACUCCGAUUCUUCACAAAACUCAAAUUUUUAGAUGAACUGGACACCACAUCUGGAUAGGAGGCUGAAUGCGGAUGAUCAGUUAGUUUAUCUUUCACGAAGAAAAGCUUCAACGAGCGAUUGCAGACAAUUUUUGAAUUUUCAAUUUUCAGAAUUUAAUUUUAUUUGCUAUUCAAAUUGUUUACCCUAUUUUUUAAUGUUUUCCAUUUCAUAAGCUAUUUUUAAUUUUUGUGAAUUUUUUGA